AUUUUUUUAUUAAAUAAAGGUAAUUUCAAAGAUAAAGCAAUCUUCUUUGUAUUAAUUAAUACAUGUUAAUCAUGCCAUUGUUAAACUGGUGAUACUUUUUAAUCCAUAGAGAUGAAAAUACUUAACAAGUUGUCAACUUGACAAACCUUAUUUUGACGCUGACUUUGAAGUUGAUGACAACACUACAUAACCUCGUCUCCUACUUAAACUACAUUACUACAGUAUUAACAAUUUAUGUUUAUGUUGAUUUUGCUACAGUCAAAGAAUUAAUUCCAUUUGCAAUAAAUAUUUAUUUAUUUCAACAAUAAAUUAAACAUUGUUAUCUCACGUAAGCUGGCUGAAUCCACCUUUGCUCUAAUAUCGCAACAACUUCAAGAUGACGGAAUACUGGAAAUCUCAGGCACGAAAGUAUUGUGAAUUUUGCAAGUGUUGGUUUGCAGAUAACAAAGUGUCGAUUUCCUUUCAUGAGAAUGGUAAACGACACAAGGAAAAUGUUCAGAAACACAUUUCACAGCUUAGCAAAAAGAGUGCUAAAGAAUUCAAACAAAAAGAAAAAAUAGAUGAUGAUAUGAAGAAAAUGGAAGCUGCUGCUAUGGCAGCUUACUUGAAUGAUAUUAAAAACAAUGCAGAUCUUACAUCACAGAGCAUUAAUGAUUUAUUAAAUCAGAGUGGUAGCAGUGAAGCAACCAUUGUGGUUAGUAAUUCACCUACAUCCAAAGCACCACCGGCCUGGGAAGAAGUCAAGAGUGAUGAUGGAAGCUCAUAUUACUGGAAUACUAUAACAAAUGAAACCACCUGGGAUCCUCCAGAUGAAUAUGUAUCAGUAGCAGAAAAAGAGAAGAACAAAUUAAAAGAAGAAACUGAAGAGAAAAAGAAACAGAAGUUAAAAAAACAACAACAAAAACAAGCACAGAAGGAAGUACAUAUGGAAGUUAAUGCUCACCUAGCAAGAGAGAAAAUGAGAGAAUUAGCUGUUAAAAAGGAACCAGAGCCAGUUAAGAAAUUUGUGGACUAUGGACCUGCUCCUCGAGCCAGCAAACCUUAUGGCUCAUGGACCCCAGUUGUUAACCAGCCUGUGGAACAAGUGGAUCUUCAGUUACCGAAGAAUGAAAAGGUGUUGCCGCCGCCUCCAGUUGUGGUGCAACCUGAAAUCAUUCAGUUUAAAGAAAAACGCAUCGAAUCUCUUGGAGAUGAACCUGUCGAAUUCAAAAAGAGAAAAUUCAACAAUCCUAAAAGAAAUAUGCGUCAAAAGCUAGAUGAUGACUGAUAGUAUAAAAAGUAAAAACUAUAAAAUAUGUAAAAAGGCA